CAUACUUUUAUCCAUAAGUGUCCGAGGGGACUGUUAGACAGCUAGGUAAGGUGUUCCUCCGAGAAUCGAAUCCUGUAUAAAUUAAAAAUCAUGUAUGACUUUUUUUAAAGAGUGAUACUUUCUUUUUUAGGUCUACCUUAUAAUUGAACAUAUAAAGGGGGGGGAUAGAUUGGGAGGGAAGAUUAGUACUUACUAGUAGUGUGACUGUCUGAGUGAAGUGGGCGGAGCAAAGAAGUAGAGAGAUGCCGAAGAGGACGACGCACACAUACUCGAGCGAAGAUGCAGUUCCAGAUGGUCCUGAUUCCGAACUCUUUGUCUAUUACUGCAAGCAUUGUAGUUCUCACAUCCUAAUUACUGAUACCCAGUUGCAAAAGUUGCCAAAGAGGAAAACAGACAAGGCGUAUGUAAUUGACAAAACAAAACAUCUCGCAAGGCUUAACAUCAAUGAAGCAGGGAAGAUUUUGUUGAAGCGAGGAGAAGGGAAGCUGGAAAAACAGUACAGAAUGAAUUGUUUAGGCUGUGGCCUUUUUGUUUGCUACAGAUCAGAAGAAGAACUGGAACAUGCAUCUUUCAUAUACAUAAUUAAUGAUGCACUUAGCACUGUUGCUGCUGAAACAAACCCACAGGAUGCUCCUGUGCCACCAUGCAUAUCACAGUUAGAAGGUGGGCUUGUUCAAGUUGCAAUUGAAGUUGAAGACCGUGCACCACGCUCAGCAAUUACAAGGGUUAAUGCUGACGAUGUAAGAAUAGCGGUAGCUGCACCUGCUGCGCGCGGGGAAGCAAAUAAUGAGCUCUUGGAAUUCAUGGGAAAGGUUUUGGGGCUUAGGUUAAGCCAAAUGACUCUUCAAAGAGGAUGGAACAAUAAAUCAAAGCUCCUUGUGGUGGAAGAUCUCACCGCGAGACAAGUAUAUGAAAAGCUUCUAGAAGCUGUUCAGCCUUGAUGUGCCUCCUCAUCGAAGUUGUAACUACGUAUGCUAUUGGCAAUUGUACAAUAUUAAGACUAGAUAAAAACAAACACAGUGUUCUUAUUUUUCUCAUGUUAAAAUGCUAGUAUUCUACAAUUUGCUUCUUGGAGUAGGAUACUCUUCAUUUUUUCACCAUAUCUUGGACAUGAGAAAAGAGAAAGGUAGGAUGGACCACCGAGGUGAAUGGUGAUGAGUGAUAUUACAUAAGUAUUUUCGUUUUCUAUAGAUACGUCUUUAACUCCGUUAUUUGAGUUUAGCGUAUUCCUCGCAAUUGUUACUGCUUAUCAACCACUUGUAACAAAAUCAUUUCCUCUAACGAAAACCUAGUAAGGUUGAACAUAA